AUGAAUUCGCUCAAUUCCACCACAAGUGUCUCACCGACGAGUUCGGUUGCACGCAUAAAUGACUUCCUUCGCCUGCACAAACCAGACGAACUGCCUUCUUCAGUAGUCGCUUCCGCAAGCUUUACAUCCCACGUAAGCCACCAUGCUGUCACGGACGGAACAGCAAUUCUACCGGGUGGUUCCAGUGGAUCGGAUUCAUCGUCGGACCCGGAUAGAACCGCUAGCACAGCUUCAGGAGCUACUGCUUCCUCCAUAGCAGCAGAUACCAAUGCGGCAUUGCUUGCUAACUCUAACGUGACCUUCCUAAACCAGAUCCUUUCGGUGGCACAAGCGACCUCAGGUGGUGGUAGUAACGAUCAGCAAGGAAGUGGAGGACCUCUCAGUAAUAGCAGUACAAAUUCCAACCACAAAUUGUGUCCCUAUCAUCGGCAAUGCAGCAGUCAUCAUCAUCACCUUCAUCGGCACCUGACUGUGCAACAACAUCAUCAUCAACAACAGGCCGGUGUUAGUGCCGCAGGAAGCUCACUUGUAGGCGCCUUUGGUCCGUAUCGGAACACCGGAAGUCCGUCCAACAGUGGUUCCUCGGUUUCGUACCCAUUGCGGGAUGCUAUCUCUACGAACGUCUCGCCACCACCCUUGAAUGCGGUAAUUCUCGUCGAUCGAUACCUACUGAUGGAACCGGUCGAAGGGAACAAUCUGUACCGGUGCUUUGACAUCAAAUCGCACGAGGAGCUGGUGUGCAAGAUUGCCAACAACCCAUGUUCGAACUUGAUUACGGCACACUUUAGGCUCGACGGACAUCCUCACGUGAAUUCGUUGCACAAAGUGAUAAGAGGAAAUAACCAAACAUAUCUGCUAUUCAGUCCUUCGGAGGGUGAUCUGCAUUCGCAUGUCCGCAGACGGAAACGACUCCGCGAACCGGAAGCCCGCCGCCUGUGCCGUCAAAUGUGCGAAGUAGUCAAAAGUUGCCAUGAGCAAGGCAUCGUGUUGCGUGAUCUCAAACUACGAAAGUUUGUAUUUGCUGAUCGUGGAAGAACUCAGUUGAAGCUAGAAUCACUGGAAGAUGCCGUCGUGUUGGACGAUCCGGCCGAGGAUCUACUCCAGGACAAACGAGGUUGUCCCGCCUAUGUGUCGCCGGAAAUCCUGCGCGCCAAUACAACGUACUCGGGCAAGGCUGCCGACAUGUGGUCGUUGGGCGUUAUUCUCUACACGAUGCUGGUUGGAAGAUAUCCAUUCAAUGAUUCGGAACAUGCAUCGCUAUUUGCAAAAAUCAGCCGUGGCCAGUUCACCGUGCCGGAAUGUCUCUCGUCCAAGGCCCGGUGCAUCAUUCGAGCCUUACUUCGAAGGGAUCCAGAAGAACGCAUUGCCUCCGAGGACGUGCUUUUCCAUCCGUGGCUACUGCACGACGACAGUAAAGACCACGGAUAUGGGCUGCACUCGAGUAAAUCCGGUCCCGCGGCAGACGAUCAUUGUGUUCCGGAGUGGUUUGAUCCGUCGGAGGAAAGUGAAGACUCCAAAUUGUCAUCAUUUUGUCGGUUGCAAUAUUCUGGUUCCGGGGACACCUUUGAUAACUAAGUUUUAGGUGGCAUCGAAGGAAAUCAUCAGUUCUUCCUGAAGCACAAGCUCUGUUGCAAGCUAU